AUGGGAAAACUCAUCAAGAACCACUGGGCCAGACUCAUCGUGCUCACAGCCGCAGCUUAUCAAAUUGCUGCCGCGCUCGAAGCAUUCUUCUGGCCUAAGAUAUUCUUCGACUUCAUGACGAAAGCAUUAGAUCCGGCCGUUAAGCCGGUCCCAGCGCUGCAAAUCAUAAACCUAAUCUUGGGGAUAGUGAUAUUUGCUUGGGAAUGGCCGUUAAAUCUCAUCGCCGGAACCUCGAUCCACAGGAGCAUGGAGGCCCGUCUCGCUACAUAUCCGCUUGCUGCACUCGCCGCGAUUCUUAUCUACCAGGGCACCAACGCUGCUAUUUAUUAUCUAGUGGCAAUGAUGGCCUACUUCUGGGCAUACAGUGAAGGCGAGAUUGUAUGUGCCAAACCAUGGACUCUACCACAGCGAGGCCGUUCCGGGGGAUCCAAGGCGUAG